UGCCUUCGCACAUUAAAAAAAAUUGGAUAAAGAAAAAUUCUCUUAUCUUCGUUAACUUUGUCUGGUUCUUGUCAAAUUCUGUCUAUUAGGUUUUUCAAAUCGCCUGUAAUUCUAUCCGAUUGUGAUUCCGAUCAUGGAAACGGAGCGCGUGACCGAAUUUCCCUUCACUCACCUGGAUCGGCGACCCAGAAAGCGGGCGCGUUUGGGCUGGGACGUCGUGCCCUUAGUCCCUAAGGCUCAGGUAGGAUUGUUUUGGGGACAAGAGGUUGGAAACGUACCAAGCUAUGCAUCUUCUGGAGAAAACUCAGACCAUACUACUUCUCUAUAUGUUAAAGGAGUGGCUCCUCGAAUUGGUUCUCCCCCAUGCCGGGAAGAUGACAAGGAUGGCCAUUACAUGUUUGCUCUUGGAGAAAAUUUAACUUCUCGCUAUAAGAUUCACAGCAAAAUGGGUGAAGGUACUUUUGGUCAGGUCCUUGAAUGCUGGGAUAGAGAAAGAAAAGAGAUGGUAGCUAUCAAAAUUGUUCGUGGGAUUAAGAAAUAUCGUGAAGCAGCAAUGAUAGAGAUUGAUGUGCUGCAACAGCUUGGUAAACAUGAUAUAGGUGGCAAUCGUUGUGUGCAAAUAAGGAACUGGUUUGACUAUCGUAACCAUAUAUGUAUUGUUUUUGAGAAGCUUGGACCAAGCUUAUACGAUUUUCUUCGCAAAAACAAUUAUCGCUCAUUUCCUGUUGACCUUGUCCGUGAGAUUGGAAGACAACUGUUGGAAUGUGUAGCAUUUAUGCAUGAGUUGCGCAUGAUUCAUACUGAUUUGAAGCCUGAGAAUAUUCUACUAGUCUCUUCUGACUAUAUCAAGGUUCUUGAUUACAAGAGUUCUUCGCGAUCUCCAAAGGAGAGUUCCUACUUCAAGAGGAUUCCUAAAUCCAGUGCUAUUAAGGUGAUUGAUUUUGGUAGUACUACUUAUGAGCGCCAAGAUCAAAAUUACAUUGUAUCAACUCGACACUAUCGUGCCCCAGAAGUUAUUCUUGGACAUGGAUGGAGUUAUCCUUGUGAUAUAUGGAGUGUUGGUUGCAUCAUGGUGGAAUUAUGCACAGGUGAGGCGUUAUUUCAAACACAUGAGAAUUUGGAGCACCUGGCAAUGAUGGAACGGGUACUUGGGGCUCUACCUCAGCACAUGUUGAAGAGGAUCGAUCGACAUGCUGAGAAAUAUGUGAGAAGGGGUAGGCUGGACUGGCCUGAAGGUGCCACUUCAAGGGAAAGUAUUAAAGCUGUUCAGAAGCUACCUCGUCUUCAGAAUUUAGUAAUGCAGAAUGUAGAUCAUUCAGCUGGAGAUCUUAUACACCUAUUGCAAGGGCUGCUUGGAUAUGAUCCAUCAGAUAGGUUAACAGCUCGAGAAGCACUAAGGCAUCCUUUCUUUACAAGGGAUUAUCCAAGGAGGUGACUACCACAUCGUGCAUGAAGAAUGUUAUGUAGCCUGUUCUGGAGAUAGCAGUCCGAGAUGCAGUUGAAGAGUUAUAAAAUCAUUGAAUGUUCCUCUCAAUGUUGUAGUAUCUCGGAUGUACAAAAGUCUUAACCAUUCAUGUGCUUAAAUCUGCCUGCAUUGUGCGCUUUCUCUCUGCACAAUGCAAACAUGCCUUACUAACCCCUAUUAGCUUGUAGAUUAUCUGAAAAUUCAAAUGUUAAAUUUAAUUCUUCAUUUUAGUAUGAUGGUUUAAAUUCGUUUUCA